GUGAAAGGAGGGGACGAUCCUGGACCGAGUUCAUUGCUAUCCUCACGUUCCCUGCCGGAGGUCCGCUGGUUCCGAUGAGAGAACUCAGCCGUAACUCGGGGUAUAUUUCAUAACCCGGGCUAACCAUCCUCCCACAUGCGCUGACACGUCUCCAGAUAUUAAACACAUCCCGUCGGCUGACGGAGGGAACAUUUACUUGGCUGGUUUGACACAUUGUGAAUACAUACAAGAGACGCGCACAGGGGCAAGAUGUUGCUGAAGGAGUACAGGAUAUGCAUGCCCCUCACAGUGGAGGAGUACCGGAUUGGGCAGCUGUACAUGAUAAGUAAACACAGCCACGAGCAGAGUGAUAGAGGAGAAGGAGUGGAGGUCGUCCAGAACGAACCGUAUGAGGACCCGGCGCACGGCCAAGGACAGUUCACAGAGAAACGAGUCUACCUCAACAGUAAAUUACCCACCUGGGCUCGAGCAGUGGUUCCUAAAAUCUUCUACGUGACAGAGAAAGCAUGGAACUACUACCCUUACACCAUAACAGAAUAUACAUGCUCGUUCCUGCCCAAGUUCUCCAUCCACAUAGAGACAAAAUAUGAGGACAACAAAGGAUGCAAUGACAAUAUCUUUGACACCGAGCUGAAGGAGCAAGAGAGGGAGGUGUGUUUCAUCGACAUCGCCUACGAUGAGAUCCCCGAGCGCUACUAUAAAGAGUCUGAGGACCUGCGAUAUUUCAAGUCGGAUAAGACGUCACGAGGGAUUCUUCAGGAGGGCUGGAGGGACACCGAGGAUCCCGUCAUGUGCUCGUACAAGCUGGUCACCGUCAAGUUUGAGGUUUGGGGUCUGCAGACACGUGUGGAGCAGUUUGUACACAAGGUGGUUCGGGAUGUGCUGCUGCUGGGACAUAGACAGGCAUUUGCCUGGGUGGAUGAGUGGAUUGACAUGACAAUGGAUGAGGUGAGAGAGUUUGAGCGCACCAUCCAGGAGGCCACCAACCAGAAGAUUGGGAUUUUUCCGCCGUCGAUCUCCAUCAGCGAGACGCCCCUGUCCUCCUGUUCCCUCACCGGCCCCGCCAGCGCCCCCACCACCCCCAUGUGUACAGAUGCGCCUGAGUCCCUCUCUGUCACCAAGGACCGACCCCGCAAAAAGUCUGCUCCGGAAACCCUGACCCUUACCGACCCUGCCCCAAGUGGCGAUCCCCAGGGCUCUACCCUGAGCCCACUAACCGUUUCAAACAACCUCGAAUCAUCCACACCACCCUCCUCCAACUCUGAUAAUGCUGAGAUGGACGAGCAGUAGAGGGACCUUGUCUUUUUCCACCCCGUGCUUUACUUAUUCCCCCAACCCCAUUGUCUUAGUAACUCAACGAGACUAGCCUAACCUCCAAACACCAGUGGCCAGACAUUCAUGUUCUUUAGCCAUAUCCAAUGAUUUGCCAUAAUCCUGGACACACAACAGUCAGAAUCAUAAUAAAAGUCCAUGUCAGUAUCACUGAUCCAGGCAGCUGUAGGCUUAGCCACCCUGAUGUGGCUCACGUCCACGAGCCAGUCACAUGUCUCAUCUAUUAUAACGUUAUGUCGAAUCAAAACAAAGUGCAUCCCUAAUUAGUUUUGUUGAGUGGGAUAUGAAUAAAUUAUUCUUAGUGUUUUCUUCAAUCAGCAUGCUGAUUGGUUUCAAGCUGUUAAACUAUGAAGUAGUUGCCUUAGCGCCACAGAGCCAGUGGUGUUUAUUAGUUUUGACGAUGUGCGCAAAUGAGUACCUGACAAAUAUUGUCCUUUUUUAGUCUGUAAAAUGACUGUAUGUAUUACGUUAGAAAUUAAAUCAAAUUAAAUCAAUGAGUCAAACUAGAGUAGCACAGUAGACCUAAUAUUUUAGUGUAACACACACCAGAAAGCCAGCCAAGUACCCUCAUAACAGAAAGCAACUGUUUCCUGAGCCGUACAAACUGGCCCACGGAUCAGAUUGCAUGCAUCCUUUCCAUCCCAAACUCCAAUUAUACAACAGAUGCAAGAUCAGUACAAUCAUGGAGAGCUUACACCUCAGGUCUCCCCGAUUACCCGGCUCACACUCUAAAGGCAGGGAUAUUACUGUACCUUUCUCUCCCUGCUUAUUGCCAAACAGCCACAUUUUAUACCUCCACAUAUAUUACAAUGCAGCAACUAUUGUAUGUACUCUACCGGUCUACUUAACCCUUGAAAUGUUUACACAUCAGAAACCUUGGAGCAUUUGCAUAUUAGCAGUAACGUACCUUAAGCUGUUGUUAUAUCUGCAAUUGCGGUUUUAGCAUGACAGUUUAAUGAUUCUAAAAUGUCAUUUCUUGACGUUGAAGUUUAUUACAGCAUAUGUCUUACUCAAGUUGACUGAGAGGUCAGUACAACACAAAAGUAAGUAAAAUGUUGUCUGAAACUAAUGCUGGACAUCUCACGUGACAUAAACGUGAUUCAAUUUUAUCAAAUCAGCAAAUCACUUUAUUGUCAUGUGUAGGAAAAAGGCCAUUUUUGGGGAGUUUUUAAGCAUUGACUGAUCUUUGUGCACAGUGGAGGUAAUUACAACUCAAAGCUUGUUUUGAGGACUAGGGCACAUGCAAAAAGCUGACUUGAGUAUGUGCUUCGUUAGCUGCAUAGUGUACUUUUUACUUUGCCAGUGCUGGUUGGUAAUACUGAGCUAGUGCUUUGGUGGGCGUGGAAAAUUAUUUUGAAAUGGGAACAUCCUUUUGCAGAGCUCUUUUAUUUGUGCUGGGCUUGUACUGCUUGUUACCAUCUAAACCCCUAAAGGACAGCAAGUUAUUCUUUGAACCCCGUUUUUUCCCGCACAAUUAAAUUACUCAGAGAAAGGUUUUUUAAUGCUGCAUGGAAUGUUCACAACAUAUAUUCAUAUUAUGUGAAGUAUAUGUACAUGCUGUAAAUGAAUGGAUUGGUACAGUAUAUUUGGUGAUGCAACCGUAUGGGGGGAAAAAAAGUGAAUGCCAACUCUGGAAGCUCUGUACUAAUUUUGUAUAAUAGAAAAAGCUGAUUUUGAGUGAAACGUAAGCAUGCCCAGAGAAUAUAGGCCUACAAACUCUUUCAACUCAGUGCCUCUGCAUGCAACUAUUGUAUCAUCACCUACAUGUGAGUAAACCAAAAUCUCUUAUAUUUCAUCUAUAGAAACACAACAUUUUAUUGCAUUACUUUGCCCGUUUUCUAUCUCAAAUUAAUUUAAUUCAACCAAGAAUGAAAAUGGGCUUCAGCCACAUAAUAUAGUAGUUGAACUAUAAUCAGAUCGAAUUAAUCAUAUCAAACUACAUCAUCAAACUCUUAAGUAUCAGGGCUUACUUGUUUUUAUAUUUUUGGAAAUUGGUACUUUUUUUUCCCUUUUUCAUACCAAUUAACUUUACAGCGCAAAUGCAUUUUGCACUUUCCGGUCUUUGACACCUUAUUUGACAAUGAAGAAAUGUGUUACAUAACAGUCUUGUUGGUUUUGUUGGACCAAAGUCCUAUAAUACAACAUAGUGACUUCGAAGGAUGCAAAUCGAGGAAAGAGUCCUCAGUUGUCUUGCCAUAAAAUAGUGUUAAUAUUAUGUACAGUUUCUCACUUGCUUUUGUUAAAACAACUGUAAACAACUGUAGGUAUUUAUCUGUAACUGUAGCUUUUGUCUUUGCCUUUUGAGGAUGAAAAAUGUUAUAUACCAGUUAUUAGCCCCGUUGUUCUAUUAUGUAUAGAUUAUACUUACUUACAACUCUGGUAUUGACCAUCACUCUUGUCAGGAACACACAGAUCCAGGGAUAUGUUUGAGCUACCCUGAGCUAUUAUUAAUAAUGCAAGAUAAUAUUCAACUGUUAAACUCUGCUCUGUUUAAAAGAGUAACAUAUUAGGUAUUUUAAAUAUUGUUCUUAAUGACUGAUGUAGUAGGCUUCUUACAUUGAAUCUGUUCUGAAUCCAAGUUGCAUUACUGAAGUGACAUGAAUGUGCUAAACGAUUUCAAAUAGACAGAGACAGAGAAGGAUAUACUUUAGUGUUUGUGCGAUAAGGAUGAUGUCUCCACAGAAAUGAAUUAAAAGUUUGUUUUAAUCUAGGAAGUCAUCGUCACCAAUUAAGGAUACUGAAUUCCUCCAUGUUUAGUCUUUCAAUCGAGUAUCAAAAUUCCUCAUUGUAGUGGUGCACUUUUGACUCUCCAGUUGCUUUUGGUGACCCUGCGGUGCAACAAAUUAUUUUGUACAAGUUGUAAAACAAAAUUAAGCUUUUCUUUUUAGUGGGGUGGCUGCUUUGACGUUUACUUGCCACGGUGAUUGAGAGGUGAUUGGCUUUUCUGUUUCUUUCUUUUUGUAGUAAACAUGCUGUACUUUGAAUUUGUGGUUGCUGUAUUGUUUGAAGGAAAAAUCUAAAUGAGGUUCUCAUUAUUUCUUUGGAUAAAAGGACCAAGCUUUUCGCUCCUCCUCCCUUCCCCCUGAUGCAGUUUGCAUUCGGCCAGGCUGUUUUACUGUCUCCUGAUAACUGGGACCUGUCUCACCAACCAGGAUCACUAAGUUAGCUGUACUGAAGUGCUCUGAGUGAACCCAGGAACAGCCUUCUCUAGGUGUUGGAGAUCAGUUGUGGUUCUGGUUUUCCAGCUUUCUACAUUAACCCUGCUUUGCGAAAUAGGACCCAGAGGUGCCAUUCGUGUUCGGCUGCUGGAAGUCGCUCUUAGUUCUUCCACUUUUAACUAUUAUUGUAUGUGUUAUAUUUUUACUUCCUUUUGAAAUUAAUUUGGUUCUUUGUUGUAAUUAUUGUUUAACUUUUUCUGAAAUAGACAAAUAAACUUUACUAGCUAUUGCAA